AUGUCCAGCUCAACGACGUCAAAUCCGUCGACAUUAUUGCCACUGGAGCUGGUGGAUAAAUGCAUUGGGUCACGAAUCUGGGUUAUCAUGAAAGUGAUGUCCAGCUCAACGACGUCAAAUCCGUCGACAUUAUUGCCACUGGAGUUGGUGGAUAAAUGCAUUGGGUCACGAAUUUGGGUCAUUAUGAAAGGUGAAAAAGAGAUUGUCGGAACACUAACGGGCUUCGACGAUUACGUGAAUAUGGUAUUAGAGGACGUUGUUGAGUAUGAAAAUACAGUUGAUGGAAAACGAGUCACGAAGCUGGAUACCAUUUUGUUGAAUGGAAACCAUAUUACGAUGUUGGUGCCCGGAGGAGAAGGACCGGAAGUUUAA